GUUUGUCUCAAUACACUUAUCAACGUUUAUAAUCAAGAAUUUUUCAAUAAAUUAAAUUUUUGGUUUGUUUGGGUAUCAUAACAAACUCACCAUGCUUUGGCCAAAGGACAUCUUGUUUUUCACAAUGGUUGUGAUGACACUGAUUUCAUCUUUAAGGGCUGGUCCUGGGGCUUUUUCUGAAACUGGUGCUGUUUAUGGAGCAGUCUCUGAAAACACAAUCCGUUUUGGCAAACUUUUAAUAGGUGCUGAAGAGCGGUUCCACCUUGCUGAAGCUAAGCUGCAUCGUUUGGGUCCUUCUGUGCAAUGUGGAAAUGAUUCAAUGACCUUGCGCAUUCCAGGGGCAAUAAGAACUCCCCACUUUCUGGUUGAUCGAGGAGAUCAGUCAAUAGUGCCUCUGUCUGAGUUGCCAGCCAGCUGUGGUUUCUCGCUGAAGCGGGCACGCAGAGAUGUUUCUCUUGUUGCUCCAUACCAGGGAUGCGUCCGACUACAGGACGGAAGUUAUGUUCUGCCACUGCUUGUAAUGGGGGCUCCCGUGCAAAUGUCUUGCCCUGCAAGUAAUCUCAUCCCUACUGUGUCCUGCUUUCCCUCUUACAUGACUAUCUCGCUUGAUGUUGGAGUAGAUGAUGUUAAAGUUAAAGUUGAUGGAUCAUGGCAGCCUUUACUUUUAACACCUCCCAAAUGCUCAUUCACAUUGGAGACUGUUGAUGGUUCACUGGUUAUCACGGCACCAUUAGGAAGCUGUUUGGAAGUGAAGGAUGCUGAAAUGCAGCUCCCUCUGAUGUACGGUGACCGGGAAGUGACUCUUUCUUGUCCUGUGACUCCAAUGCUGGCCCCAACAACCAUUGCUCCUGUCCAGGACCCACUGGACCGUCAUCAAAUAUUUUACCCUUCCCCGUUUGGAAAACCCUGGUGGUAUCAUCCACAUUCUCCUCGUUACCCUUUACCUCCCACUGUGCCUCCUACGACUCUUCCUCCUCUUCAAGACCCUAACCAACAUGUGUUCCCUCACAUGUAUCCCAUGUCAAUGUUUGAUCCUUACUUGUAUUCUAGUGGUUCCGCAGCAAAAUGGCCCAGUUACCCGAUGUUUCCUCCUUAUAUAUACCACCACUCCAAGAGCCCAGUUGAAGUAACAACGACACCUUCCACAACCACCGCUGCUCAGUUUGAGCAGUUUGCAGGUUAUCCUCCAAUGUACCCAAUGUUCUAUGGGCGUCAAUCCUUCAAGCCUUUUGUUCCUGCUGGUGGAAAAUAUCGCUUCAUGCCCUAACAUCCUCAAGAUCCAGGACUUUCUAGAUCUAAUUUUAUCAAAUAUUUACUGUAACAAACAGGAAUAAAUGAGUGGUUGGAUCAUG